AUGCUUUGUUACUCUGACUCUUUUCAUUUAUUGUGUCACACAGAGGCAGCUUCCAAAGACCUGUCUAAAGAUUUUGAAUGUCAGCUGAGUCUAUCCCACAGCCCUCCAUGCUGCAGACCCGUGUAUUCUAAAAAAGGACUGGAACAUAAAUUUGACCUGCAACAGCGUUUAUUUCAAGUGUCACCAGACCAAUUAAAGUAUACUCCCGAAUCUCUCUGGAGUGAGCUGUGUUACGAGCAUGAGAGACUAGAGGAUUUAGUAUACCAGCAAAUACGUUCUUUCUCCUGUGGUUUGCUGAUCCUCUCUAGAAGCUGGGCUGUGGACCUGAAUCUGGAAGAGAAGCAGGGAGUCAUCUGUGAUGCUCUGNUGAUUGCAAAGAAUAGCCCCCCGAUCCUCUACACCAUCCUUGGGGAGCAGGAUGAGCAGGGUCAGGACUACUGCACCCUCACUGCCUUUACUCUGAAGCAGAAGCUGGUGAACACUGGUGGCUACACUGGUAGAGUGUGUGUCAUGACCAAGGUUCUCNGCCUGANUUCUCAGAACAAGAUCNAGACCAAUGGGNGNUCAGUCUCUCCUAUUGAUUACCCACACUCCUAUAACCUUGCAAACAUNCAGGAAAUGCAGGCCUUGCUGCAGGCCCUUGUGAUUGUCUUGCUCAACUUCAGAUCAUUCUUGAGCGACCAGCUUGGCUGUGAAAUUUUGAAUCUUCUCACAGCCCAACAGUAUGAGAUACUCUCAAAAAGUCUCCGCAAAACCAGAGAACUAUUUGUGCAUGGCUUGCCGGGCUCAGGGAAGACAAUCAUAGCCAUGAAAAUCAUGGAAAAGAUCAGAAACACAUUCCACUGUGAAACAGACAGAAUCCUCUACAUCUGUGAAAAUCAGCCAUUGAGGGACUUCAUCCAGGCAAAAAAUAUCUGCCAGGCAGUGACCCGGAAAACCUUCAUGAAUUAUAAAUUUAAGACAGAGAGGAUCCAACACAUUAUUAUUGAUGAAGCCCAGAAUUUCCGCACUGAGGAUGGGAACUGGUAUGAGAAGGCAAAAGGAAUCACUCGGAGAAUGAAAAAUUGUCCUGGAAUGUUCUGGAUCUUUCUGGACUAUUUUCAGACCAGUCACUUGCAGCAGAGUGGCCUCCCAGAUUUCUUAUCCCAGUAUCCAAAGGAAGAGCUCACACAAGUGGUACGCAAUGCAGAUAAAAUAGCUGAGUUCCUACAACAAGAGUUGCAAAACAUCAGAGCUAACCCUCCAUGCAGCAUCCCUCAAGAGUUCCUAAANGUUCUCCAUGAAUUUAANUGGUCCCAAAGUGUAUCAGGCACCCAUAAGACUAAAUACUUGACUUUGGAAAAGAUGGUAACCUAUGUAGCAGAUAAGUGUGAUGUUUUCUUGAGUAAAGGCUAUUCUCCCCAAGAUAUUGCAGUGCUUUUCAGCACAGACAGGGAAAAGAAAUCCUAUGAGCAUAUGUUCCUGAGAGAAAUAAGGAAGAGGAGGAGAGCAUAUCAGGUGAAUGUCACCUCUGUCUGUCAUUUUAACAUGUUUUACAGCAUCCGUCGAUUCUCAGGAUUGGAA